UCAAAUUUUAGGCACACUGCUGAUUUUGGAUGCACUCCAAGUCGCAGUUUGUUUAGUUUACGAUUUUGUUUGUUUAUUUACAAUGGACCGAUAUGCGGUGAGUUCCUUGGUGGGCCAAGGCUCAUUUGGCUGUGUAUAUAAAGCGCAGCGGCGUUGCGACGACAAAGUGGUGGCUAUCAAAGUCAUAUCGAAGCGCGGGCGUUCCAAUCGUGAACUUAAGAAUCUGCGCAGAGAAUGUGAUAUUCAGGCCCGACUCAAGCAUCCACAUGUUAUCGAAAUGGUCGAAUCCUUCGAGUCCAGAUCCGAUCUUUUUGUGGUCACCGAGUUCGCUGUGAUGGAUCUGCAUCGAUAUCUAUCCUAUAACGGCGCUAUGCCCGAGGAGCAUGCUCGACGUGUUGUCUGCCACUUAGUGUCGGCGCUGUACUAUCUGCACUCCAAUCGCAUACUCCAUCGCGAUCUGAAGCCACAGAAUGUGCUGCUUGAUAAGAAUAUGCACGCCAAGCUCUGUGACUUUGGAUUGGCGCGCAAUAUGACCAUGGGCACCCAUGUGUUGACUUCCAUUAAAGGCACACCACUCUACAUGGCACCAGAGCUGCUGGCCGAGCAGCCGUACGAUCAUCAGGCUGACUUGUGGUCCUUGGGAUGCAUUGCAUACGAGAGCAUGGCAUCGCAGCCACCGUUUUCAGCGACUUCCAUACUGCAUUUGGUGAAGCUAAUCAAGCAUGAGGAGGUUAAGUAUCCCAGCCAUCUGAGCAGCGAUUGCCAGUCGUUUUUGCAGGGUCUGCUCGAAAAGGAUCCCACCAUGCGCACCUCGUGGACGCAGCUGCUGUGCCAUCCCUUUGUGGAGGGCAAACUUUACAUACCCGAAGUGCAGGCAGCACAAUAUUCACCCUUCAUCAAUCCCCAGCUGGCCAAGGACACUAAGAGAUCGCAAUCGAGUCGAAGAGGCGCUGACCUGGGCAAUAUGUUGGCUUCGCUGCAUUUGAGCGAUGCGGCCAAUGAAAAUCUAACAUCAUCUCGGGACAGCAUCAAUGCGAUUGCGCCAAGUGAUGUGGAGCAACUGGAGACGGAUAUGGAGGACAAUGUGCAUCGCGUGGUGGUGCCAUUCGCCAAUGUUUCCUACAGACAAAUGCCCAGCAUGUGCAACAUGCCCAGCAUGCCCAAUUUACACAACAUGCCCAACAUGCCCAACAUUCCCAAUAUGCACAAUAUAAAUCCAGCGGCAGCGGUUGUUGCUGCCGCUGCUGGCGGAUGCGGUGGUGGCUACGUGCCGGUAAUCAAUUCACAGACCUGCUUUGUCAGCGGCAACUCAAACAUGAUACUUAACCACAUGAACGACAAUUUUCCAAUCGAAGCGCCAAUCGCAAAUUCUGCCACAAGCAUGAAUUCAAAGAUGAAACUGGCACCCAACAUUAAACAGUCGCGUAGCAAAGAUCUGGAGAAACGUAAACUCAGCCAAAAUUUGGACAACUUUUCGUUGCGACUCGGCCAGAGCAUCGAUCUUGAGGCACAGCGUCGCACUACCGAAAUGCUGACACACCAAUCGCAGUUACAGCAGCAGCUACAAGAGAAGCGUUCGCAGCAGCUGAAGCAAUCGCAACAUUCCAACAACGAGGAGAAACUCAGCAGCGAAAAUUCGCCGCCAUGUUUGCUGCCUGGCUGGGAUAGUUGUGAUGAAUCACAGAGUCCACCCAUCGAGAACGAUGAGUGGCUGGCGUUCUUACAUCGAUCCACACAGGAACUGCUCGAUGGUGAAUUUGAUUCACUCAAACAGCACAAUUUAGUCAGUAUUAUUGUGGCACCGUUGCGUAACUCAAAGGCCAUACCCAAGGUGCUGAAGACCGUUGCUCAGCUGCUGUCGCUGCCCUUUGUGCUGGACGAACAGCAUUUGGCUUUGGAUGCGAUCAAAAGCGUUUACAUCGAUGUCAAGCUGGUGCCGAAUCUUAUGUAUGCCUGCAAACUUUUGUUGUCGCAGCGUCAACUCACAGAUUCUGCGGCAUCGCUGCCUGGAGCAACGGGCGUUUCAUUGAGUCGCACGCUGCGCAGCGUUUCCGACUUGAGUGCCGAGGAGAUGAGCACCGCAUGCAGUUUGUAUGAGCUUGUUUGCCAUUUGGUCCAUCAUCAGCAGCAGUUUCUCAAUCAAUUCUGCGAUGCUGUGGCCAUACUCGCCGUCAACGAUAUGUUUAUCAAUUUCCUAACACACGAUUUCAAAGACAACAAUGCCGUGCGUCUGGCUAGCUGCAUGUUGGCAUUGUUUAACUGCGUCUUGCGCGAGCUGCCCGAGAAUGCCGAGCUCGUCGAGAAGAUCGUGUUUAAUCCGCGUCUGCGUUUGGGAAUUCUGCUGCAGAGUCGCCACCAGUUGUUGCGCCAACGCGCCUGUCAAAUGCUAUUACUAUUGGCGCGCUUCAGUCUGCGUGGCGUGCAGUGCAUUUGGAACGAAGAGCUGAAGAGCGCUCUUCAGGCCUUGGCCGAUCAGCAUGCAUGUCAAGUGACGCGUCUCGAAGCUGCACAGACUUUGGAUGAGCUCAGUCAGUUCAGCUUCUUUAAUGUCCAGGCAAUAGCUUAA